AUGGCAAGUUUAAACGUCACAAUUGAAAACUAUUACGCGACAUCGACGGACUUCAAUUUCGCAAAUCUGCAUUGCUUUUCGAAUUCUACGGACGGAGAGACGCUGUCGAGAGUCUUGUACGAAGAACGAAGUAGACCAAAGUAUGGGACGAUUUUGUACGACCUAAUCAUACCGAAGGACGGAGUGGUCAAGUGCGAAUACAUAUACUUUGGUAAAGUUUCUGCCGAGAGCAAUGAGCUAUACGUCAGAUCAGGAAACAAACAGGAUGUGUCUGCACUCGAGGAACUGAAGAAGUUCUCAGAAAAACUCACAAAUAGCCGUAAUCCACUAAAGCUGAAAGAUAUCGCAAACAAGUUCGAGGAGGUUGUUACUGCUGACAUGGGGCUGCUAGACGAGGUUAAAGCUCAAAACCUGAGCAACGAGCUCCUCGUCAACCUGGACUCUGCACUUGUUGCCAAUAUUGAAUUGGUCAAUAAAUCAAUAGAAGAAACCAGAGAGAAUUUCGCCGCUCGUAUUGAGAACUUGGACCAGACUGGAUCGGUUGGUUUGGUCAUAUUCGACGAUGGUGAGACUCAUGAGGAUAAAAAUAGGACUACCCAAAGACUUGUUCCAAUUAUGAAAUGGUCGGACAACUCUAUCGUCAUGGAUCCCAACGUGAGUUCCGGGAUGAGGCUUCCUGAGAGGUUGUUGACAAGCGAAAAUGUUUCAAAGAGGCUGAUGACGUCAGUGUUCCAGAAUUCAACCGCACUAUUUAAUAAAAACGUCAGUACAUCAACUGUGGUCAACGUUAACUUGGGUGGCGAGCACCACAACAACUUGGAUGAGCCUAUAAUUAUUUGGUUUCGCAGAAACGUGUCGAUACCUUUUGAGGCUUGUGCAUUCUGGGAUUUCUCGCUGAAAAACGGAUCUGGCGAUUGGGCGACUAAAGGGUGCUCACUGAACAAUACGCAUCGACUACCAAACUCUACCUACGUGAUGGAUGAAUGCCACUGCUCGCAUCUGACCCACUUUGCAGAAAUCGUUAGGAACUCUGAACGAUAUUUAAACAGUGAAAGCUUAUCAGAAAUAGAAGUUGAGCUAGAGCAAAUCAGCAUUGUUGGCUGCAUCAUUUCUCUAGUUGCUUUGUCUUUCACCUUUAUUGCGGUGGCCAUUUCCCCAAAAUGGCUCGCAGGAGUUAGCCAGAAGAUAAUGCUGCAAAUGGCAAUGAGUUUUGCCAUGCUGCUGAUUUUAUUCCUUGUGGCAAAAUUCGUCAGCGAACAGGAACUUGGUAAGACCGGCCGUUUUUUCAUCGGAUUUUUCCUACACUACGCCAUAUUGAGCAACUUCUUUUGGAUGCUGGUGGCCGGCUACCUCCAGUACAACCGCCUGGUCAAGGUCAUCUACUGCCGCACGCCAAAUCUGUUGCUGAAGGUGUCCACCAUCGGAUGGGGCGUGCCGGUCAUCCCUGGCGCCAUCACGCUCCUCUCAAUGAACUUCUGGGUCUACAGCAAGCCCCCUUUGUACCUCCCCUACGGCGUCACGUUCUACCUGACCAUUUUGACUCCGCUGGUGAUCAUUCUGGCUCUCAAUCUGAGCAUUUUUGCUGCUAUUUUGAGGAAUAUCUACCUAAUGUCAAAAGACGGACCGCGAAAACACUGCUGCGUCUCAACAACCAGGGUCAAACAGAUCGUAUUUCUCUUCGUGUUGCUCGGACUCGGCUGGAUCCUUGCCGUCUGCCAGGAAGUGUUCGAAUAUGGGCGGGACAUUUUUGCCUAUCUUUUCUGCCUUACCGUCUCCUUCCAAGGUGUAUUUUUCUUUAUAUUUAUUGUUCCUGUACGUGAACAUAUGCCUAGACCAUGGAGACUCCAUUAAGUUCCGGAUAUUUAAAUUGAAUUUAGUUUCUCAAUCAAACGUAAAACAGAAAAAUAUUGUAUAAAUAAACAAAACAAUAAUAACAUCUGUUGA